AUGUAUUAAGCAUGGCCGUACAAUAUUAUAUUCAAGACUCUCUUUGAUAAGGAAAAUAUAACGGCAUCUCCUUCGCUUUUUGAGCAACAACUAUGGAAGUCGACUUUCAGAACUCCUUAAUUUUCGUCCUCCUAUGCCUCUCGUCACUUCUCUGUUACUCUCUCUACGUCAGGAGACCACAGAGGUUUGAUUUGCCUCCGAGCCCUCCCUCUCUCCCACUCAUUGGUCAUUUUCACCUUAUACUCUCCCUUCUUAUCCACAAGUCUUUCCAGAAACUCUCCUCCAAGCACGGACCACUCCUCUACCUCCGCAUCUUCAAUGUCCCCAUCGUCCUCGUCUCCUCAUCCUCAGUAGCCUCCGAGAUCUUCAAGACCCACGACCUGAACGUCUCGUUCCGUGGCCUCCCUCCGCUCGAUGAGUCACUCUUGUUCGGAUCUUCCACUUUCCUCAUGGCUCCCCAUGGAGAUUACUUGAAGUUUAUGAAGAAGCUCCUCGUCACAAACCUGCUCGGAUCUCAGGCACUCGAGCGGUCACGAUGCAUCCGUGCCGAUGAGCUGGAGCGGUUUUACGCUAACCUGCUUGGCAAGGCGAUGAAUAAGGAGAUGGUUGAUAUUGGCAAGGAAGCAAUGAAGGUCAGUAACAAGAUCAUUUUCAAGAUGCUCAUGGGAAGAAGAUAUUGUUUGGAGGACGAUGGUGAGGCUGAGAGAGCCAGGGGUUUGGUCAUUGAGUCGUUUUCCUUGCUAAAGAAACUUGCCUUGGCAACGCUGCUACGCAGGCCGCUCGAGAAGUUUGGAAUCUCGCUCUUCAGAAAGGAUAUACUGAGUGUUUCUCGCAGAUUCGACGAGUUGCUAGAGAGAAUUCUUGAGGAACACGAAGAGAAGCCAAGCGAGCAUCAAGAUGCAGAUAUGAUGGACGUAUUGUUGGAAGCUUUUCGAGAUGGAAAUGCAGAGUAUAAGAUCACUAGGAACCAUAUUAAGACUUUUUUCAUUGAACUUUUCAUUGCAGGCACUGAUAGUAUGGGGCAAACUACACAAUGGGCAAUGGCUGAGCUGGUGAACAACCCCAACAUUCUUGAGAGACUGAGAAAAGAAAUUGAAUCAGUUGUAGGGAAAACAAGUUUGAUUCAAGAAACAGAUUUACCAAGCCUUCCUUAUCUGCAAGCAGUGGUCAAAGAAGUGCUUAGACUGCACCCACCAGCUCCACUCUUUGCAAGGACCUCCAGAGAGCAGUGUAGAAUCAGAGGCUUCUACAUACCGGAGAACACUACACUUUUGGUUAAUGUUUAUGCUGUGAUGAGGGAUCCUGGUUCUUGGGAAGAUCCUGAUGAGUUUAACCCGGAGAGGUUUCUAGCUUCUUUAGGAACCGGGGAAGAGGAUGAGAGAAGAGAGCAAGCACACAAGUACAUUCCUUUCGGGGGCGGAAGGAGAGGCUGUCCUGGAGCAAAUCUAGCAUACAUCUUUAUAGGAACUGCAGUUGGGAUGAUGGUCCAAUGCUUUGACUGGAAAAUCAAAGGGGACCAGGUUAAACUGGAAGAGGCUGCUGGAGAACUGAACCUGACUAUGGCUCAUCCCCUUAAAUGCACUCCUGUAGCUCGACCAAUAAAACCCCUUGGCUUCAAAUGACCUGCAGAUAGUACCUAGUUCGUAGGUUCUUGAUGAUGGGUUAAGAGUAACAAGGAAGCCUCUGCGUUGAGAUCUUAUGUUCAUCUUUUCUUUAGAGACCUUUGCGUACACAUGGUAUUAGAACAAGAAAGGUUUAUGUCUUUAUAUGUUUUGCAUUCAAUUUAUCUUUCUGGUUCUUAAAUAAUAACAUCCAAAAUUCCAAAAAUUAUCAAGGCGUUA